GAUUAAGCAGAGAGACUUUGUGUCUGGUGUUGGGCAGGAGAGUGGAUCGGAGCGGGGGACUGGGAGUGAGAGCACUGAAGUAGUGCCACUCCUGGGCCGAGCAGCGUGGGGAGGACGAGCCAUGGAGUGGAAGGGGGUGAAGGUGCCGGCGGCCUCCAUCGGGCCCAAGGCGUGGAGGGACCAGGCCAUCAAGGCGGUGGGGCUGGCCGAGGCGGCCACCGAGAUCACUUCGCAGCGCUACAACGACACCCCGUUCCGCUCGGCCACCCUGUACGAGGACCAGGCGCGGCGGCUGGCCCGCAGGGAGGCCUGCAAGCGGCUGCCGGGGGAGCUGACUGAGAAGCCGGAGUCGCUGGCCAUGUACCGGGCCCGCCAGCGCAAGGUGGGGGAGAAGCGGGCUGCGCUGGCCGAGGCCCGGCAGAAGGUGUGCAUCGUGGGCGACGGGCAUGAGGAGAGCCAGGACGUGCUGUACAAGGUGCCCGAGGGGGGCAGCGUGGUGGCUGGGGCAUCAGGGUGGAGAUGGAGCUGCUGCCCUUCCUGCGGGACAUGUGCGUCCAGCACAGCAACCAGCAGAUGGGCAGCUACAUGCUGCAGACCCGCUCAGUCAUCGGGCACAUCUGCGAGACCCUCAACCGCCUCAACGCCGAGAUCUUCCGCCUGCAGGAGACCCGCGACAAGCUGAGGCUGGCGCUCGCCAGUGUCCGCAAAGCCCUGCUCAUUAACCGCAUGAGCGGCCAGAUGAGGAAGGCCCGGCCCCUCGGGGAGCGGUUGCCCGACGGGGCGGACCUGUUGAUCGACCUCGAGAAGAAACGUUUACAGGAUGUCAAACCCACCAUGGAGGAACCGCUGCACAAGUUGAAGUUCAUGCUGCAGGACAUGGAUGCUGCUCGGAAGAAGCUCCAAGAGUGCUACAGCGAGCGGAUGCUGGUGCUGGACCUGGUGCCCCAGCUGAUGAGCCAGACCACCCGCGAGGCCCGCAAGGACUGCCUGACCCCGCGGAUAACCCGGGAGCUGGCGGAGGUCCGGGACGUUAACGUGAUGCCGGUCCUCUCAGCUGCCGGCCCCUACAGCUACGCUUGUGAGGCAGCCAUUAACAAGGCCAAGACCACGGUGGUCAACUCCAGGAUGUUACGGGAGAAAUGCGACCGGCUCAUAGAGGAGGCGGUCAACCUGACCAAGGCUGCCCAGAAAUCUGUGAAUGACGGGCUGACUCAGAAAAUGGCCGAGUGCGUCUCGAUGAUGCAACACAUGGAGGUCAGUUCGGGUGAGACGAGGGCCAGCAUUAACCGGGCAAAGCGCUGGUACGAUGAGAUGGAGCUGGCCAACGGAGUGACUCUGGGUCCAGAGAGCAGCCUGCACCUGGAGCUACGGGAAAGGCUGGACAGGCCACUGGUCAAGGUCUUCCAGCGCCAUCCGGGGACCCAGCUUGUUGAGGCGGCCACACUCGUCAAGGGUAUCGGCGCUCUGAAUGAUGCCAUGGCAGAGACCAAACGCAACAUCAAGAUGCUGGAGCACGCGAAGAAACAACUGGACGACAACAUUCACGACAAAAAGGCCGGAUUUCAGAUAGAUUCGGAUAUCGUUCGAUUCCGUAAACUGAAAGCACCCGCUCGGAUACUUCUAAAUGAAUCAGAUCCACUGGGCGGCAACUAACUGGGAAGCCGCGUCCUCUCACCCUCCGGUGUGCCCUUUUCUAUUAUUACUAUCAAUUAAAAACAGUUUAAUCACACCGUCCGUUUCCAGGGCCGCUUCCGUGGGUGGUGUUCCAGGGAAACUAUUCUGAAUGGAAGUGCACAUGCUGGCCUACAAAAAGCAGACACAAAAUGUCAGGGCUCGAGGGCCUUAGCUACACGGAGAGGUCGAGCAGGCUUGGACUUUAUUCUUUGGAGUGCAGGAGGAUGAGGGGCGGUCUUAUAGGGCUGUACAAAAUCAUGAGAGGAAUAGAUCGGGUAAACGCACAGCCUUGCCCAGGGAAUCGAGAACUGGGGGACAUGGGUUUAAGGUGAGUCUAGUCAAGUCAAGUUUAUUCGCCACAUACACAUACGAGAUGUGCAGUGAAAUGAAAAGUGGCCAAUGCUCGCGG